UGUCUCUAUAGCUAGCAGGUUAAAACAUAAUUUCAAUAAUUCGCAACACCAGCCGAUUAUGCUCCACGAAGAGCUAAGUGGAGUACGACUACCUUCAUGCGUAUCGCAUAAAAGUGUGGAUAGAUUUUCUCCAAACGUACAUUUAUUUGCGGUGACCUUGAGUAACAUCGCUACAAAUGCCGCGGCCUUGGGCUUCGUGAGCAAGGGACUUCUGCCGCUACCUGAGCACUGUUUGUCUCGUGCCGCUAGCUCCAAUAACCAACUGAACUCGUGCGUCGAUCGGCGAGGUCAAUGCUGCCUUGAGUAACUUCACAGCGGUGCCAACAUCACAGCAAAGUUAAAAUGCUUUCCACUGGCAUCCGGCUGAUCUUGAUCAUGACUGCUUUGGCAGUCAUGUCGGCCAGCAGUCUUAAUGCUCCCACCGCCGCCUCUGAGACUUUUGCUGCAGCUUCCGGCGGCACCUUCCAACAGCAGCGGCACUUGCAAGCUACAUGCACGGAUUUCUGUGCUGGCAAGAACCCAGGCCUCUACGCCAAUCCUUGUGACAGCACCUGCUCUACAUUUAUAAACUGCGCCAAUGGCAUAACAUAUAUCCAGAGCUGUUCUCCAGGAACACUGUUUAACAGCAUCAUCAAUACAUGUGAUUGGCCCAGCAGUUUCCAAUGUGGAGGCGGCGGCAGUCCCGCCUCACAACCACCUACAGUUGCCAAAAAUCCGCCUCCUCCCUCCCCUUCCAACCUGAUCAAACCGCCACCUCCAUCCCCUUCAAAUGUGAAGAAACCGCCACUUCCUUCCCCUGCCAAUACAAUGAAGCCGCCAUCUCCGUCACCCACAAGCAGCUUUAAGCCACCACCGCCUAACCCAAACGGCAGCCUCGUGUUCAGCCCAUAUAAGGAUAUCACAAUCAACAUGGACUGGAACACCAAUGUCAUAUCGACCAUGAUCACGGGCUCCCGGCAGUCAGUCAUCAGUAUCAUGCCAUCCAAUCUGCGUGUGCUGACCUGGGCCUUUGCCACGGGGGACUGUGGCAGUGAGAACUGGGCUGGCGUGACCCCAGCUAGCCUGAUAGCUGCAAACGUCAAUGCAUUCGUAAAUGCUGGCAAGCAGUACAUAAUAUCCACUGGUGGUGCAGCUGGCGCUUUCAGGUGCAGCACGGGCACAGCCUUUAUCAACUUCCUUAAAAAAUAUAACUCAAAUGCCUUAAUCGGCGUCGACUUCGACAUUGAAGCCAACCAGCCACAAUCCGACAUUGCAGAUCUGGUUCAGGGUGUGAAGGCAGCACGUGCAGGCGGUUUCGGACACCUGAGAUACAGCUUCACGAUUGCAACACUAGGGGGAGCCACUGGCAAUCAGCUCAACACGCUGGGCACAUCAGUCCUGAAUGCACUCAAAAAUGCACAGAUGGGCUGGAACAGCAUCUACAUCAACCUCAUGGUCAUGGACUAUGGUGGUGCCUGCACGGUGUUCACCAACGGUGUAUGUAAUAUGGGACAGUCCGCUAUUAAUGCAGCCAAAGCCCUGAACAGCUACUGGGGCGUACCAUACUCGAGCAUUGAAUUGACACCAAUGAUUGGCGGCAAUGACAGUCCUGGGCAGACUUUCACGCUUGCUGACGUUACCACAGUUUCAUCCUUUGUGAAGCAAUAUGGCAUUGGAGGUGUACACUUUUGGUCCCUUGACCGUGAUGUUGACUGUUCACCGGGUGCCGCAUCUGCUACAUGCAACUCGUAUGGCAAGGCUGGCACCCUAGGCUUCACCAAGGCUUUCCUGAGCAACCUUGGCCUGUAAUAACAAAUGCUGAAGUAAUUGUACAUACAUC